UGAGCAGGUAAUCUCUCACAGCAAGUAAUUCUUUCUUUUUUUUUUUGAAAAAAAUAAAUAAAUUUAUACCGAUAGAUAUUUGAGAUCAAGACCUGUAAUUAGGGUUUCAAAUCCUUCUGUUUUCCCAAAUUAGUGGACCAAUUUUUUCUUCUCAGUUCCCUUAUUUUUGUUAUUCAGGUGGGAGAUUAAGAUGGGUGCUUUCGUAUCGAAGUUUUGGUUCAUGCUUUUUCCCGCGAAAGAGUAUAAGCUUGUGGUUGUUGGUUUGGAUAACGCUGGAAAAACCACCACUCUUUACAAAUUACACCUUGGAGAAGUUGUUACUACCCACCCUACGGUUGGUAGCAACGUUGAGGAACUUGUGUAUAAGAACAUUCGAUUCGAGGUUUGGGAUCUUGGAGGGCAAGACAGGCUGAGGACAUCAUGGGCUACAUAUUAUCGUGGUACUCAUUCUAUUAUUGUGGUAAUAGACAGCACUGAUAGAGCUAGGAUCUCCAUUAUGAAAGAUGAACUGUUCAGGUUACUGGGACACGAUGACCUUCAAAACUCUGUUUUAUUGGUCUUUGCUAACAAACAAGACCUCAAGGAUGCCAUGACACCAGCAGAGAUUACUGAUGCCCUUUCUCUCCAUAGUAUCAAGAAUCAUGACUGGCACAUACAAGCUUGCUCUGCUCUCACCGGAGAUGGUUUGUAUGACGGUCUAGGGUGGAUUGCUCAGCGAGUAACUGGAAAAGCAACGAGCUAAAAGAUGGAACAGAAAGGCAUAUUCAGUGCAUGGUAGAAGAGUGUUGUACAUGCCCUUUGUAUCAUUAAACUCUUUGAAAGCUGUUUCUUAUUAAAUCUGUAGAUGGUUUUAAAUGUUAACAUCCUAAAAUCCUCUUAUUUUUCUUUGAUUUUCAAAUCUGAUUGAUAUGUACUAUGCAAAUUACAAAGGAAACGUUUCAAUUGAAAAAUUGUUACACUCUGCAAA